AUGAGUGCCAAAAGCUCAUUAAAGGGAAAUGAUAAUUUCACAGCAACCCGUCCGCCAAUAUCUGCUGCAAGCCGUCCACCAACAACUCAACUAUUUUCACGAGGAAAUUUAGUAAGUAGCCGUUUGGGAGGCGAUAAAACUGUUCUGGCACGUCCUUCCACUGCGGUCCGUGCUGUUGGGUAUGCAGCUAAUAGUGAUUCGGCUGGCCAACGUUUUAAUCAACUUUUUCUGGAGAAAACAAAACAGAAAACACUUUCGGCCGCAAAUGCAGCAGCAGAAGCAGCAAAAGAAGUGAAUCCACAGAUUAAAUACAAAAAUCUUGAAGCGAAAAUAGUUAAACUUUUAGAAACCUCAAUUAUUUUAACAGCACAAAGUAGCGUUGUGGCCAAAGUCGUGGGCGCCGAAGGCAGUUCCGGUUUAGUAAACUCCGAAGCUAAAGCAGUAUUAACUGAAGCCCUGAACAAAGCCAAAGAAGCAUUUUCGUUAGACAGAACAUUGCAUCGCUUCCGAGAUCAGCAUGGUGAAAAUAUAUUUCAUAAUUUUGACUUGACGUAUGCGGUAUUUUUCAAUUUAGCCAAACAAUACGAGAAUAAUGACAUGCACGUGGAGUCCCUAAAUAUUUACAGUAUUAUGACAAAAAAUAAAAUGUUUCCUCAUGUAAAUCAGCUCAAAUUGAAUAUGGGAAAUAUUUACUACAAAAUGGGCAUAUAUCCUAAGGCAAUUAAAAUGUAUCGAAUGGCUCUUGACUCGGUACCAAAUAAUCUUAAGCAGUUACGUCUUAAGAUUACGCAAAAUAUUGGCAUUUUAUUCGUGCGAAUGGGACAAUACACAGACGCCGCUGCGAGUUUUGAGUUUGUGAUGUCGGAACGCGCAGAUAUCCGAAGCGGUAUACAUUUGAUUUUGUGCUAUUAUGCUCUGGGAGAUGUAGACAAAAUUAAAAGUACAUUUCGUAAUAUGUGCGAUGUGCAACCCAUGGAAACAGAUAAUGAAUUAGAAAAUGAAAAUAAUCUCAUAAAGUUACAGCAACAUGCGGCCUCUGAACAGCAAAGGGAUUUUAAAUCCACUCCGCCGGCAGAAGUGCAGUUAAUCAAUGAUGGACGAGGUUUCGACACUGGUAUGAACGACAAUGAUACGAAUCCCAUGGAAAACGGAAAUAGUAACAACGAUGCGAAUAACUUUAAAUAUCGUUAUAUACUACAAGCGCUUAAGUCCGAUGAGUUGGCAAUUUAUACGAAACAAAAUAAAAAUAAUGAUAAGCGUGCAAUCACAAUGAUAGUGGACUUAAUUUCACCAAUUAUCGAGGAAAACUACAAUGAUGGUUACAACUGGUGUAUUGAAAUAAUAAAAACAUCAAAUUUAUCCUGGCUGGCAAAUGAAUUAGAAUUAAAUAAGGCGUUAGUGUAUUUGCGACAGAAUGACGUCAAUCAAGCAAUUGAAACGUUGCAAAUGUGCGACCGGAAGAGUAAAGGAUUCAUGACAGCAAACGCGCUCACUAAUUUAUCAUUCAUUUACAUUAACCUUGGAAAUUUAGAAAUGGCUACGCAUUGCGUUAAUCAAUUAAAUGAAAUCGGCGCAUUAAAAAGCAAUGCCAUGGCUUUGAAUAAUGCAGCUAUAAUUGACACUAAGAUGAAGAAUUAUGCUGCAGGACGACAUAAAUUAGAAAAAGCACUGGAAAUACAACCCGAUAACUUUGAAGCAAAUUACAAUUUGGGUUUAUUGGGCGUAGAAGCAAAUGAUUUAGAACUGGCAAAGGCGCAGUUUGAGUACUUAAAAACACAACAUUUGAUUCCGCAAUCUGUACAACAUAGCCAUGUCCUUUAUCAGUUGGCACGAAUACAAGAAAAAAUGCUUAAUACAAAAAUGGGUGUUGAUGGCAUAAAAGUAUCCAUGCCGACAACAUUACAAUCCUAUUUACAAGUGCUUGGUGCCUCAGUAGCAGAAAUCGAUUCCCGACUCUUUGAGAAAGUUGGCACAAUGUAUGAACAACUUCAGGACUACCAGGAAGCCAAUCAAUACUAUCAUGAGGCCUAUCGUAUCAAUCCCAGUGAUAUAAGCAUUGCUAACUCGAUCGGUUCGUAUUAUAUAAAACUGCAGGCAACUGAAAAAGCAAUAUACUACUACGAACGAGCCGUGUUAGCAGAUCCAAAUGAUCCGAGUUUGAUGUUGCGCAUAGCCAGCUGUUUUCGCAACUCAUACUUGCCACCAAAGCAAUAUUUGGAAAUGUUUGAAAAAGUAUAUAACCGUUUUCCGGAAAAUUUAACAUGUGUGCGCUCUCUGAUGCAGGUCACUAAAUCUAUGGGCAUGACCGAGUUAUAUGAAAAAUAUACAUUAGAAUAUGAAAGACUACAUCGUUUGCAAAUCGAACGUCAAAAUGAGAAACGUUAUCAACAGGAACGUCUAAAUUCAGCUGCAUCUGAGAGAGCAAGGCUUAAAUCAAGCAGAAGUAAUAUUGAAGAUAGUUCACCAAAACAUAAAAUGUUGCAAAGUUUUGAUUCGACUGGUAGUAUUACAUCAAAAUUCAAUGGUGAACGCUAUUUGCGAACAACAGCUUAUGCAGAUCCAAUUGGACCACUCGCUGAACGCCCACGUACUGGAAUGCUGAAAAGUUCGUUAAGCAAUAAUUCAGAUGACGAAGAGAUGAACGCUGAUAGCCUAUUGCCGAUCUAAGAAUAUCUAAGUUUAAGGCUUACCUUAAACUUCUUAAGAUAAAAUUAAUACUU